GGUGGAUGACAACACACGCAGAGUUAGAAUGCAAUAUUCCUUCACACUACCAUUGAAGACACUUUGGUCUUUGAUUUCUUAAACUGUAGUUGUUCAGAUGUUCCACACUUCUUACUGUUCAACUAGGCUCAGAAACUAUACGUAGCAUGAGGAUAGCGUUCAGUCGACAUGUACAACCUCGUCUGCUAACGCUCUUUCGACAGUCCAGAAUCAUUACGUUGGCGAGAUGUAUUCACAAUCGAACUUAUAACAAGAGGAAAUCUUUGUAUGAUGUGUUAGAUGUACCCCAUACUGCAACACAGGAUGAGAUUAAAGCUGCCUAUUACGAAUUGUCUUUAAAAUAUCACCCAGACGUAAACAAGAGCGAGAAAGCUGAGAACAAAUUUCAAGGUUUGUUGUGCACCUAGUGUAUUGUCUGUACAAAUGGGUGAUGUCAGCUCCCCUGUUUCCCUGUUUGUCGCAUAAACUUAACGUUUUUAGAGGCCAGUCUGUAAUUACACCUCAUCAAAGUAGUCGUAUUCUAUCAGAAACCACGUGCUGGUUGUUCGCUGAGAGUUGUAUCCAAGCAUGAAACCUACAAUCGUUUCAAAUCUUUUUACUUUUUCAUACAUGUGCAAGCCUAAUGAGGGUAACUUACUCAAUGGCUAACCUGAAAGUUUAAAUCUUAAAGUUUAAGUCUGAAAGUUAAUCUUUUAACUGGUUACAAAGUAUUUCAGGCACUUUUGCCUUUUCAAUAUCAGCCAUCUAUACUAACAACAUGUGUGUUGAAAAUAGUUCCAAGGAUAAUCAGAACUAUAACAAAAUUCUUGAACCUGAUUGAUUAUCACCAGCCCAAUUUGAGCAUUAAUAGGAUGGAGUAUGCAUCAUGCUUGUAAUUAGACAGUGUUACAGGACAGUUGAUACAUCAUGCCAGUGUAAGUGGACAGUAUGCAUCAUGUGCUUGUGAUGUUGUUGCACAUUAUGCACAAGAAAACUGUUGUUGUUCUUUUUAGGGAAAAGUAUGACCAAUGUCUAAUUUCUUUCUCAAAUUUUGGCACUCGUAUAUUUGAUUAAAAUAAUAAAUUUAUAUGCAUUUAACACUCUUUCCUUCCUGUUUCAGAAAUCACAAAUGCUUACAAUGUUUUACGUAACUUAACAUCAAGGAGAGAUUAUGACAAGGAGAUUGGAACAUACUUCACUAUGAGAGGUGCAAAGAAGAAAGAAAGUGGAGAGAAGGUUUUGCGGCUGACUGAUGAAAUGUUGGAAAUAGAUAUGCGAGGAAUUAAACAGGUACUUAGUGCAGGACAUUGUAAUAUUUAAUAGGGUAAUAUAUUAUCAUCAACUGAGUUGAUAACAUAAAUUGGUCAUCAUUAAGAGUUUAAAAGCUAACCUUUCAAACAUCAGCUCUUCGUCAUUUGCUCUGAAACUCUUUGAAACUCUCUAUAGCGGUGGCUAAUUUAUUCUAUCACAUUAUACACUCCCACCAAGGCAGCGCCACAGUUUCUUUAAAAACUUACCACUUUAUUCAUUGUAAUAUUUACUUUACCCCUUGGCUGUACAUACAUUUACACUUAUAAACUACUUGUAUUUUUCUGAUAUUUUUCUGUGAGACUGAAUCCUGUAUGAUGUGAGAAACAAUGAAUUCUUAAAUUCUUGGUGUAUACUGCCAGAUAUUUUUUGUCUGGUGAUAACAAUGCAGCGCAACUGAGAGGUUUGAAAAUUGUUAAAUUAAUAGAACAAAAUUUCCUUUGUUUCCUUGUUUUGAGAGAAUCCACGAUCAAGAAUCGAAGUUGAGUUUUGAGGGACUGUCAACUUACUUUUGAUCAGUACUAUACAUGUCCACUAACCAUCCUGCAAUUGAACAUUUACUCUUGUCAUCUUUUCAACCUAUAACUCCCCAGAUCUCAUUAGUAAUUCUCCUUACAGUCUGCCAAAUAAUUAUCAUUAUGUUAGUUUGGAGAAUUUGUUAUCGGAUCAAUUAGUAAUCCCGAAAUUGACAUUUUUCUUUAUUCUCAUCACUUGUCUGCAUGAUAUUGUAUAUUAAGGAGAAAUUCUGUCUUAGUCACUUACAGGAGUUUAAGGGUUAACUGGAUAAUCUAUUGAAAUUUUGAGGUGGUGUUACAUAAUAGAAUUUAGAAAAAUGGUAUCUUAUUUUGGAGGUGUUACAUUUUAAUCACUUGGAGAAAAUAAAGGUUGAUGAAAUAUUUUUGUCAUAACAGAGUCAAGUGUUUCUCAGCACAAUUGCUACUUUGAGCACAAUAACCUGUACACCAGUACGACUGAUGAAUGUGUCAGUAUCAGAUGGUGGACUACAGUCACAUGACAUGAGAGUGUUACAGCUGCUGCGGCAAAUCUCCAGUGGAACACUUGCAGCUAAUACAGGACUGUCUAUGGUUACUAAUGUCCCUAGCGAGCUAGUUGGAGGGAAUUUCUCGGCAGAGGCUGGACGACUGGGGUGUGUUAACAGUGUUAGACCCUACAAAUGAAGUUCCUUUUUCUGUUUAUUUGCAGUUUGUUUUUCUGUCUUGUUUCUGUACAUUAUAUGAUUUAAAAAAUUAUAAAAAAAUAAAAAGAAGGUCAGGGAGUGACAGUUGUGGCCACAAAUACAUGUCCAGUACAUGGGAUUUACACUGUAUAACAUAAAAGAACUAGGAUUAUUUCUCUUGCAAAACUGCAUUUAAAGAAAGAAAAUACACUUUUUUUGUGAUUUGUCUUUUAUUCUUGUUUUUGGCAGCAAGAUGAACUUUAUUGUAAUCACACUACUUUGCCACUCCAAUUUGGGUGUUCUGUCGAAAAAUCACUGGAAAUUGAUUGUUAUUGACAAUACAAUGUUAUGCGCCCUUCUUGGGGGAUGUCAUUCAACAUUAGAUGCAUUGAAAUGCUUGUACAGGAAAUUUGCCAAGCUUAAAUGGACAAUUCUUUGUCAAAGAUCCUUGUCAUAACUGUGAUCCAUGCAUGAAUAUUUCAGUCACUUUCUUGCCACCUACAGUUUGUACUCUCAUUAAAAAGAGUUGAGAUAUGCAAUGUACCUGCCCUUCUUUAAGGUUUUCAUUUUAGGAAGGGUCAAAUUCUUGUUUGUAUAUUCUAUAACAUUACUGUAAUAAUUAUCAACAAAAUACUUACCACUUUGGUUGUAUUUGUUUUGACAGAUCCUUGAAUCUCACAGUUUCCCUUUGAUUACAAAGGCUUUUUUUUAAGCAAAGCUACUGUACAUGUUUAUAACCAUCACUUUUUUAAAUUCCUUUUUUAAUUCCUUUUUUUCAGUCACUUAAACCUGUUGGUCACAUCAGCCCUUCCAUGCUGCCCAUUUUUACCAAUUCCUGAAUACACAAGAUUUAACAGACUUCACAUAAAAGGUUCAACCCAUUCCUACAAGGCAGUCAUUAAUACAGACUACAUCCAAAAUGUGAGUAGAUGUACCAUAUUUACUUGACUGUGUAACCAUUUUUAAGUGAAGAAAAUCAGGUUUUUCAUCAUUUCUAGUCAAAGAAGUCAAAUUCAGACAGAUAGAAAUUUCCCAGAAGUUAAUCUCUUAUUUCUGGGAGUGUAUUGAAAACACAGGGAAUUAAAAAACUGCAGAGCAAAAUGUAACCAAGUGCUUUGAGGUUUAUCAGCACUUGUUUAUAUCACCAUGAUUUAAGAACACUUCGAUUUAUUGGAGAAGUAUUUUACCAUAUUUUGUAAAUCAUAUUGGUACACCAGUUUCACCCUUGUGUAUGUGCACUACAACUUCUCUAACCCUUUACACCCUAACAUCAGUAUGCAUCUUCUCCAUACUGUUCUCCAUACAUUUCCCAAGGUGUUGACAAGGAGAAUUUGUCUCACCAUCAAGAGCUUCUUUAGUUUGUGAUCAUUGCCUUUAUUCUCUGAACCUUAAUGUUUGAUUCAGAGGUGAGACUGUUAGGAGAAAUUACAUGUUAGUCACUUUAGGAGUCAAAGGGUUUAUACAAGUUCAUCAAUUUUUGAUUUUUGAUUUUUGGUUUUUGAUUUUAUCUCUUCAGGUUAUGAAGCCGUUGGUUGGCAAGUUUGGAUUUGACUUUAACUUUGACAUUCGUAAAAGGUAUUUCAAUGCUCUUUUAUUAUUUAUAGAAAGUUCAGCUUUAUAACAUUUGUUCUAUGUUGUAACUGAACUACAUGUUUAAAAUCAGGAAAGAUAUUUUGGUAGUUUUUACAUAUGGCUUCUCAGCUUUUCCUAUUUGAAAUUUGGAGCCAACAUCUGGCAUUGCAUAUGGUGCAUUCUAAAUUUCCUUUGAUUGUGAUUGAUUUUUGCUCAUGUUUUCCACAAUGUACCUACAUAUGCACAUCAACAGGUCUUACUGAGCAUAACAAGAUGACUCAAGCACAUGCAUGAAAUUUUACCAUGAAUGUCAAGUUUGUUUUUGUUUGAAAAGAGAUCACUCAUGAAACUCAUUUUAGAUUUACAUUGAUUGUAUGAGCAUGGUUUUUUUCCAAAUCCCUGAAAAAUCCAUGUUUUGAAAGCCAUCUACAGUAGAAGUGCUUUAAUUAUUUCCUCAAACUCAGAGUACACGUACAUAUGGAAGUUUUUUUGUGCCUAGCAUGGCACUGGCAAAAUUAUGCUACUGUGAAAAAGAUUUUCACAAAAUCUUUCAUGUCCAAAGAGGUGAAUAUUUUCACUGCAACUUAUCCUUAGCAUCUUUACUGCAGCUUAUCAACCAGUUAAUCUGGGCCUUAACCUUUAACUCCCAUGAGUGACCAUGACAGAAUUAUUCCUUACAAAAUCAAGCAGGCAAGUGAUGAGAAUAAAGAAAAAUAUUAAUAAGGGGAUUAUUAGUUAAUCCAAUGCCAAAUUCUUCAAACUAACAUCACAAGAACUAUGUGGUAGACAGUAAGGAGAAUUACUAAUGAGAUCUUAGGAAUUAAAGGGUUAAAGUGUACAAUAGGUGUUUGUUUUUGCCUUGUAGGAGUUAUCAUCCAUACUGGGAGGGUAAAAUAUGUGUAGAGAGUCUCCCAGUUCACUCUCUGACUCCUGUUGUAAUGAAAGAAAGUGGCACUGUGAGGGAAAUCACAGGUUGGGCAUUUGUUGCUGGAGCAAAGCCUGUCAGGGUAUGGUCAAGUUGUUAACAAGAUCAUAAAUAAUUAUACUAAUUCUGGCUCUUACAUGUACUUCCAAAUUUUAAUUCAGUCCUAGUCAGUAGUAUUAGAGAGGAGAGAUUAUGUAUCAUGUGGUACAAAUGAACCAAUCAUACCCAUGACAGUAUGGGCGUCUAAGAUGGCGAUAUGAUGUAACACAAUCUCAUUGUCACGCGUGUCACGCAUAUGUGGUACAUAAUCCUCUACUCUGAAUGAGUGCAAACUAUAGUGUCAUAGUGCUCUGGUUAGUGCACAGGAAUUUGGGUGGAACUAUGACAUUAGAAAAAGCACAGGGUUGAAGGGAAAAUAAAUUAUCUAUUUUGUAGUUACAUUGAAGAAAGACUCAGUUAGACUAUGGCAAUCUUUUUCAAAAUGAUUUUUUAACCCUUUAACUGAAGAUCUGAUUGUUAAUUCUCUCCUCCAGCUUUUACACAAUUCCUGGCAAAUAAGUUAGGCGAAUUUGGUAUUAGAUCAAGAUAACAACUUGUACCUGAUAAGUUUUGGUGUUCUCAUUAGCCCUUUGCUGGAUAAUGUAUGGAUAUCACAGGAAGAAGGUUCAUGUUAAUCACUCCUGGGAGUCAAAGGGUUAACUGCUUGAUAAAAUCAAUACACGUUCAUUUGUGUAUCAGCUCUUAUAGUAAUUUUCAAAUGCCAAAAAUGUUUCAGAUUGCUCAGGUUAUGGCGAAGCAGGCGCAUCAGAUGUUAAAGACUCAAUUCUCACAAGUCCCACUGGAUAUCGAUAGCAGACGAGACAGAGACUGUAGAAGUGAAGGGACAGGGCAGGGGCUGAUGUAAGUCGAAAGUGAAUCGACUAACAAAUUUUUGUGCGUCAGAUCUACUGUCACACAUCUUGUUUUAUAUGGAAACUUAGGACAAAUUUCACCGUCAGGAAGUUCUGGCACAGCUGAAAAUAAUUAUGCUCAGUGUUUUACUAUUGUACAUGUAAUUGUCAUACUCGCUGACAAUGGCGAAAAAAGUGUGCUGGUUUUCAGAGUUCACUUUUUCCUUAAGUUAAAAAAUCAAUUUAUGAAGAUGCACUUGUUCCAUGUACAUGUGAGAUACGUUUAUUACCUGCUAAACCAAAAAAAUUGUCAUAUCAAGUGUUUUCCUUUAUCCCAGGCUAAUUGCAAAAAUGUCAUCUGGCGUUUUGCUGUCCGGAACUGCCAUAUGGGAAAAAGGUUAGUUAUUCGAUAUCAAAUGUGAGAUAAGAACUUGCAUAAUUACAUAAGGUUUCCCUCGACAAACUGGACAUGAAGGUUUUGUUACAGUAAAUGAGAUGUUUGUUCAUACAAACAUGGAUAGAGGCAAGCAAAUUGUAACGUGCUGGCCUCAAUUCGCCCGAAAGUCAUCUCGCCCGAAGACAUAUCACUUGAAACCGGAGUCAUGUCGCCCGAAACGCUUAGUCAUGUCGCCCGAAAUCCUGAGUCAUGCCGCCUGAAGAAAACAAUCACUUAAAAGAUGAGACUUACGGACUGUAAAUAGUCAAUAAAGUUUAGAAAUCUUUAUCACUCAAGCGCUUUUAAGACUUUGACUACAUAGCAAACGAUCAGAUGGUCAAAACUGGAAUAUGUCGGAGUAACGACUCUCAAUGCGUUGGUUUUCCUAACAUCAAAGUGAAGCGUUGUUAGUUUGGUAUCCACUCAUUCCGUAACCACGGAUGUUUUGCACAUAAUGUAUUAUGAAUAAUAUGUUGUACGUCCUAUUUUUUGCAAUUGUAAUAAUUUGAUGUUUUUCGUAAUGGUAGGAAUGGCUCCAGUGGAGGUUGUUUCUAAAGCUGUUCAGAUGCUGGUGAAUAAUGUGAACAGCGGUUCGUGCAUCGAUAGGCUGUUACAGGAGCAUGUAAGUUAUUUUCACCAUAACACAAUGUGGGUAUCCUGUGUACGGUUUAUAUUAAACAGCAAAAAUACACACAAUUUAGGAGGAGCGUCAAGAUGUCAGAAAAAUAUAUUUGGUAUCUGAUGAGCUAAAAAUAUAAGUUUCACGUUGACGAAAAGAAGUCAUACUCUUACUGCUGAACAGGAGAAGGACCUUAUCUUUUCCUCGAUAUAUACACGCUUAGAUAUGGAAGUUAUUUGGAACAGGUAGGCGUCUCUGCUAGAAACAUAUGUUUUUGUUCAAAUAUGGAGUCAAAGGUUCCAAUAAUUUUUGUGUUGUUGGUUUUUUUCACGCAACUUUGUUUCUGAUAAUAGUCAUUUCCUUUUCACCAAGAGAGUGUUCAUGGUGAGUCUCUCUCUGUUUUCAGGCUAUUUUACUGAUGGCAUUGGCCUGCGGAAGGUCGUCCAUACGGAUGCAGCGGCUCACCAAUCGAGCUAAAGCUACGAUGCUGGCUGUGGAGACGUUUACAGAGGUUUGUGUGCUAAGUGGUAUGCGUCUAGAGCGCCUUUUGAUGUAUCGUCCAGAAACCGAAACCAAAUUGGCCAGUGGCCAAUCAGAAUGAAGGAAAGAAGGAGCCAAUUGAGUCCCAUAGGAGAUAAUCGUAAUUGGCUUGAAGCGCGAGAAACUGCACCUACCUAAGACGGUGAUUGAUUAUUAAGGUGGCGGGAGUGUUUUUGACCAAUCGCAGAACGUACUGAGCCAAAACCAAUAGAAUCUAAUAGUGUGUCGAACUCUCGAGUGAAUUAUUCUUGUCUUGCACUAACCUCAACUAUAAUACCGUAAUAGAGAUCUGCUACUCGUUUCAUUGUGCUAGAAAAAGACAUUAAUUAAAGCAAAGGCUGCCUAGAUACAUGAAAAUAUAACACCCAUGCCUUCGAAAAAGCCCUAAAAGAAAUUGAUCCUAACGACCUAAACUGUGAAAUCAACACAAAGCUUUGUUUAGUGACAAUUGUCUCUACCUCCCCCUCAUCCAAAUGUUUGACUGCAAAUUUCUUAGGCUAAAUUAAUGCCCAAGAAUACUACCCUGAGUCAAAAUUUGUUCCACAAUAAAAUUCUCGCCUGAACUCGAUACUUGCUGGACGAUAGUUUGAUAGUUUGAUCUGAGUCAGUGUUCAACGUAUAACGAAUCAAAAAAGAACCAAACGAUGUUCUCUUUUCUGUAGGUGGAGUUUAAAAUCAGUUCAAAGACACCGAAGACUGUCUUGGUUGAAUGCGAGGGCCUGGGACUUCUUAAUGAGCACGUGUCGCCGGAUGAAAAUUUGCCAUAUGAAUCAGCAGAUGGCGAACUUCUAUCAGAUGACGAGUACGAAACAUCUGAGGAGCUGGAUUCUGAUAAUGAAACAUUUCGUAGCGGGGAAAAAGAUGAUGAACUCGAAAGAAUGAAAAAGACGAUCUGA